AUGGAGACCGCGGGAAUACUGGGCAAUAAUAUCACGGCACUUCUCAACAAUGGCACCAUCAGCGUCAACAACGUCCAGGAGAUCAUCCGAUGGGUCACAUUCGCGGUUGGGCUUCCUAGUAUCGGCUUUUCCAUCUACCUCAUGGGCAUGCAAGCCAAAACGGGCAAAGCGGCUCCAGUUUACCUCAUCAGCCUGCUCGCGUCUGACAUCUUCAACAUCCUCGGACGGCCCAAAUCCUCAACGGGGGACGGCCAGCACAUCAGCAUGUCCACCAUGGAUAUAUCCUCCCUGAUGUUCUACUUCGGGAUCAUCUCCAACAUCGUGUUCCUGGUCUGCGUGGCUCAGGAGAGAUACCUGCUGGUGACCUGUCCCCAAUAUAACGCCUUCUGCGUCAAACUCAAGCAGUCCAGCAUGAUUUCUUUGGCCAUCUGGGCGGCUCCGUUUGCAAUACUCUUCCUGGCCUACCAAGGAUAUGUCGUCCUGUUUGCCAUUUCUCUUCUUCUCCCAUUGCCCUUCCUUGUGUUUUUCUUCCUGGAUUCCUUCAGGGCCUUGUGGUGUACGAGACGUCCUGCUUGUGUGCCUAACAGAAAUAAAAUUCUAGGUAUGCAGGCGGUGAUUUUGAGUAAUUACACCAUGCUUUAUCUGCCGUUUGUCCUCAAUACGCUGCUCACCGCGUUGUCUCUAGGCUCUUAUGUCUAUUAUUUGGGACUUGUGUCUGAUCUUCUUUUGUAUCUCGGCCCACUGGUGGAUCCGUUGCUCUCCAUCCUUCUCACGAAUGGAAUGGCUGACAUUUUAAAGGCUUUUCCAUGCUGCGCGAGGAGGACGGACACGCAGGAGGAAGUGCAGACUGUGGAUACUGACACUGUGGAAACGGUGUCAGGGACUUUAACUCGAUUCUGA